AUGGCCGCCUCAGCGGUAACGACGGCCACCACGGACUCGUCGUCCAAGCAACGGAAACAACAACAGAAUGACAAGCUAGAGACCACUGGCGCUGCCAGCGACCAGAACGAUGCUCUCGAGAAGGACUUCUUUUGGACUUAUACCGAGGAACCUCACCGGACGCGGCGCAUGGCCAUUAUCAAGGCGCAUCCAGAGGUUACCAAGCUCUGCGGUCCCGAACCUUUAACCAAAUGGGUCGUCCUCGGCGUCGUCUCGCUCCAAUUCCUGCUCGCCCAUCUCCUGCGCGACACCUCCUUCUUCUCGUGGAAGUUCUGGCUCACGGGCUACGUCUUCGGCGCUACCUGCAACCAGAACUUGUUCCUAGCCAUCCACGAGAUCUCCCAUAAUCUGGCCUUCCGCUCGCCUACCGCCAACAGGCUCUUUGCUAUUAUCGCCAACUUGCCUAUUGCUGUGCCGUAUAGUGCUUCUUUCCGGCCCUACCACCUAACCCACCACAAAUCCCUCGGCGUCGACGGCCUCGACACCGACCUUCCCACCGCCUUCGAAGCCGUUUUCCUCGACUCCAUCCUCGGCAAAGCCUUCUUCUGCACCUUCCAGAUCUUCUUCUACGCCCUGCGUCCCAUGGCCAUCUACCGCGUACCCUUCACCUGGGUGCACUGGCUCAACCUCGUCAUCCAGCUCUUCGUCGAUUACUCUCUGGUCUUUUUGUUGCCAGACUCCUGGUUCACAGUUAACUCCCUCCUCUACUUUUUGUUGUCAUCCUUCCUCGCCGGCAGUCUGCACCCCACAGCCGGCCACUUCAUCGCAGAGCACUACGUCUACGAAAAGAUCACCCCCGAGGCGCGCGACCCUGCGAACAAGAUCCCUGUGCCGGAGACGUUCAGUUACUAUGGUCCAUUGAACUGGGUUACUUAUAACGUCGGGUUGCACAACGAACAUCACGAUUUCCCGGCCAUUCCGUGGACCAGACUGCCAAAGCUGUACGAGAUUGCCAGCGAGUUCUACGAGGGACUGCCGCAGCAUCGCAGCUGGACGCAUGUGAUUUGGCAGUUCAUCUUUGAUGAGGAGAUUGGUAUGCGGUGCAGGGUCAAGAGGAAGGUCGGUGGAAGGGUAGUGGGCGGUGGGAGUGCUAGUGCGAAGCCCCAGGCGAAGGAGGCCGGGUGGGGGGAUGAUGAGAUUGAGGCUUAG